AUGUGUCGUGUCCCUGAUAUCAAUUCGUGUUCUACGUCACCAUCUAGGUUAGGUAAGGAUCGAUUGCGAAUUCUCUGUUAUUUUCUCACUAGUUUAGGUC